AUGAACGGCCGUCAGCCAGUGCCAGACGCUGUUGCCCUGGCAUCGUGGCUGGCUAUAGACACGGGCCGCACCCUCAGAAAAGUCAGCACGAGGCUCACGAUCUACGACAUUCACCAGAGACACUUUACAGUGCCGGCGGUACACUUCAUCAAAUACACCGGGCAUGCUGGCUACAGCACGAUCACCGUGCCCAGGAAUCUGGAAAUUGAUGAGCAUGAGGUGAUCUUGCAUCUGGGUCGGUACCAGAUGGACGUGGGGUCAGGUUUCGGGAAUGCUAAGCCCUCCUUUGGGGUGAUCGAACGCCACUCCGGACAACUAAUCCCCGAGACCACGUUCCGGUCCCGCUAUGACCGUGCUCGGCUGGAGCCUGAUGGACCAGAGGAGGUUGUCAUCUCUGCGGAGAAGGUUUCAGAAUCGUUCAUUGCUCACGCACUACGGUUGGUGUCUCGCUUUAAUACGGGUCGGAUGGCGGAGCUGGGCGUAGAGUGUGAAGCAUAG